AUGAGUUCAAAACGAAAGUGUUUGUCAAUUUCGGACAAGAAAAAAAUUAUUGAAGAAAUCGAGAGUGGUAAAAAGAAAAAAGAAGUCGCAGAUAGUUUUAAAAUUCCUUUUUCGUCACUUUCUACAAUUUUGAAACAGAAAGAAGCAAUUCUUAAUACAACUGACGCACAAAGUAGCCGGAAAAAGAGACGACUAAGUGAGUUUCCCCGUAUAGAACAAUGUUUAUUCACUUGGUUCAAUCAAGUUAGGCAGCAAAAUAUUCCCGUGAGUGGUAUUUUAAUCAAAGAAAAAGCUAAAAGUUAUGCUGAAAUGUUUGGAAUCUCUGAUUUUAAUGCUAGUGACGGUUGGUUAUCUAAUUUUAAAAAGCGACAUAACUUCGUGUUCAAAAAAAUUUGUGGAGAAAGUGCAAGUGUCGAUGAAGAUAUCUGUAACGACUGGCAGAUGAAACUUCAAGAUUUAUUAUGUGAGUACGAUCCGAAAAAUGUGUUCAAUGCUGACGAGACAGGACUGUUUUUUAAAUGUUUACCUGACCGAACACUAACGUUUAAAAAUGAAAAGUGCCAUGGAGGGAAACUUAGUAAGGAGCGAGUCACUUUACUUUUUGCGGUAAAUAUGGAUGGAUCGGAGAAGUUAAGGCCUUUAUUUAUAGGUAAGUCCGCUAAACCUAGGUGCUUUAAAAAUGUCAAAUCUUUGCCGGUGACGUAUAAAAACAACAAAAAAUCGUGGAUGACAACCAAACUGUGGAACGAAUGGCUUGAAACUCUCAAUAAUGACAUGCGAAAACAACAUAGAAAAAUUAUAAUUUUUGUUGAUAAUUGCACUGCACAUAACAACCCCCCAACUCUCUCUAAUGUACGAAUUGAGUUUCUUCCAGCAAACACAACCUCGAAACUCCAACCUCUGGACCAAGGCAUUAUUAAAAACUUCAAACUUCUAUAUCGAAAGGAAAUUGUAUCUGAAUUUUUGGCUUGCUUGGAUAAUAAUGAUUCUCCGAAAGUAACCGUUUUGACUGCUAUAAUAAUCAGCCACAAAGCUUGGAACAAUGUGACUACACAAACAAUUCAAAACUGCUUUAGAAAAUGUGGAUUUGUGAAAACUAUUGAUAAUGAAGAAGAAGAAAUCCCUAUGACUUUAGAAGUUGACACUCAACAUAACACAUUAUCGACUGUUCUAAACGAUCAAUUGACGUUUGAAGAUUAUGUUGCUAUCGACGAUGAUUUGGCUGUCUGUGGGUCUCUUACAGACGAUGAGAUUUUUGCCAGUUUUAAUAACGAAGAAGGUUAUGACGAAGAAAAUGACGAAGAAGAAUCUCCUGAAGACCCCAUCGUAAACUCGAAGGAAGCCAAAUUAGGUCUUCGCGCCGUCUUAAGUUACUUACAGAGACAUGAUAUUGACGACAAUGUGUUUUCUAGCAUUUUAAAUCUGGACAAUACUAUUGAUAAGGUAAACUCAAGCAGUUGCAAACAAUCAAAAAUAUCUGAUUUUUUUAAAAAAUAA